CUUUCUUUCUUUUUUUUUUUUUUUUAAGAUUUAGUUUAUGGGGGUUGGGGAUUUAGCUCAAUGGUAGAGUGCUUGCCUAGCAAGCGCAAGGCCCUGGGUUCGGUCCCCAGCUCCGAAAAAAAAAAAAAAAAGAUUUGGUUUAUGUAUGUGAGCACAUACACAGUUGCUGUCUUCAGGCAUACCAGAAGAGGGUAUCGGAUUUCAUUACAGAUGGUUGUGAGUCACCAUGUGGUUGCUGGGAACUGAACCACAACUGAACCGCUGAGAUCUCUUCAGCUCCUGAAACAUGUUUUUUUUUGGCAGGGGGGAAUAUGACUUUUUUUUUUUAAGUGGUAUAAACUCACUUCUCUAAGCCCUGUAAUUUCCUAUUUACCUUUUUGGUAGGGAUACCUAGAUGGGUCAAAGUACUUCAUAUUGCAUUGUAUCAGGAAGCAAACAAUGGUGUGCGACUUUCCUUUUAGUAAUGAGUGUGUCCUGGCACUUUAAGGUUUCCCUGAACUUUUCAUCUAGUGGUUUUAUUCAACUGCUUAGUGGCUAUCUGAAUAAUAUACUGGCGUAUAAAAGCAUUUUUCUUUUCACUCUCAUUCUUUCCAUAUUUAGUAAUGGCAAUCAUUUUAUAGGGUACGAUGGCACGUGCCUGCAAGAUUGCCAGUACAGGGAAGGCUGAGGCAGAAGAAUCAUGUACUUGUAGCCAGCAUAGGUUGCUACAUAACUCAAAUGAGAAAGGGAGGGUGAGAGAGUAAGUUCCCCACACCACUUUGUUUUUCUAAACUCUAAAUCAUACUGGAAAGGCAGGAUAAAUACUUAUUCUCUUAUACUCUCUGGCUUUUGUUUUUCAGACAGGGUCUUAUCUCACAGGCCAGGCUGUCCUUCAGUUUAUCUCGACCUUCUGAAUGUUUCUACAUGCUGGGUCUCCAGGUUUUGGACUACCAUGCUUGGUGGCAUCUUUUUUAUUUUAGGCCAAUAUGAGUUUGUGGGAUUUGUAUAAUGAAUGUACCACUCAGUCAUCACAUUAGAGCAAAUCAACAUGGUCAGGUUCAUGCUUUAGAAAGGUAACUGUCAAGAAAUUAGAGAACAAGACAGAACACCUAAGAGAAUGUUUAUUGACUAAAACUACAGGUGUGCUUACCUAAACACUGGCCCAGUAAUUCAACUUCAAGGCAUCCAUCCUAGCCAUGCAGUAGCAUGACUGAAGGAACUCAGACAUUAGACUAAUUAUAGCAGCAAUUCUUCUUUUUUUUUUUUUUUUUGGUUCUUUUUUUUCGGAGCUGGGGACCGAACCCAGGGCCUUGCGCUUCCUAGGUAAGCGCUCUACCACUGAGCUAAAUCCCCAGCCCCAGCAAUUCUUCUUCUUCUUUUUUUUUUUAAACAUUUAUUUAUUUAUUAUAUAUAAGUCCACUGUAGCUGCCUUCAGACACACCAGAAGAGGGCAUCAGAUCUCAUCACAGAUGGUUGUGAGCCACCAUGUGGUUGCUGGGAAUCGAACUCAGGACCUCUGGAAGAGCAGUCAGUGCUCCUAACCACUGAGCCAUCUCUCCAGAGCAAUUCUUCUUUUAACAACAUCUCAAUUGUUUGAUUUUUAUCAAUGAAGACUCGUCAGGAAUCAGAUGCUAGCUCAGAGAGGCAGAGAAAGCACCCAGUUGACCUUCCUCCUCAGCUGAUAUUUCUUAAGUCCCUCCUUCAAACCGAAUGUCCCUCCCUCAACUUCCUGUUCGCCUAUCUGUCCUCCUGACUCCCUCUUAAACUAUAUGGGUUUUUUUUUUUUUUCUUAAUAAUCCCAUGUCUGCUUCCUGUCAACUGGUUGCUUGCUCCACCUCUUGGUCUAUGGUUGACUUUAUUUAAUCUUGUUUAUAAUAUUCAAGCAGAAAUGUCUUAGAUUAAAAGUGUGUGCUAAGGCUGAGCCACACCACAAUUAAAAAGUUUUUUUCCAGUAAAUAACAAUCUCAGAGGUCAUAGUAUGAGUAAAUAUCCUGCCACAGCAAUGCAGUAACAGCAGAAGCCCAGAAACCACACAGUCAGUAGUAUCAGUGAAUGACUAAGUAGUUAACUGCAUAGAGUUACAUACUAAGUAAUUAGCUACAAAGUUACAUACUAAUUAACUAAGCAGGCAAGCAGAAGACUAGAAAUAGAACAGUAUAUAGGAAUAUGUUCACUUAAACAUAGCCAGGCAGGAGCUGAAGAAAAGAAAGAUCUCAGUGUUUAAAGGGGUGUGCUGCUCUUCCAGACGACCAGAGUUUCCCAGCACCCAUGUUUGGUGGCUUACAGCUGUUAUCUCCAGCAUCAGGUGACCUAACACAGCCACAUGAAUGUGUGAAUACUCUCUCUCACACGUGCACGCAAGUAAGAACUGAUUUUUUUUUUUUAAGACAAACUAGACAUGGAGGUUUGUGCUUGUGAUGAGCACACUUCACAGGUUGCCGCAGAGCAGUGGUGAGCUUCACACCACCUGUGGUAAGGGAUGAGGGCCAUAAAGAAGGGAAUCUCAGUAUAAAUACAUAAAGUGUGUUGGACCAACAAUGAGAAACAGAUUAAUUGCCUGUGGGGUCUGUGAAGUUUGAAAAUAGCUUUCGCCCAGUGUAUCUUAAACUUUGAUCUACGAGAAUUUUUUUUUUCCAAAAUUAAAGUUACUUAAAAAUUUUGUGGGCUGGAGAGAUGGCUCAGCGGUUAAGAGCACUGACUGCUCUUCCAGAGGUCCUGAGUUCAAUUCCCAGCAACCACAUGGUGGCUCACAACCAUCUGUAAUGGGAUCUGAUGCCCUCUUCUGGUGUGUCUGAAGACAAGUGACAAUGUACUCACAUACAUAAAUAAAUCUUUAAAAAAAAUUGUGAUAAAACCAAAGAGAACUUAACCAGAGGCAGCAGGAUUUCAAGAGAUUUUGCUCAUCAGAGCAGUAAAUCUGUUACUCCCUACAAAAUGUUUAGGAGCCAAUAUCUAAAAGAGGAAAAAAUUAUCUAAAAAAGGAAAAUGCUGUCAUUUGGGCAUAAGGGGAUGUCGGAGAACUGGGUGUUCUCUUUCUUUCCUUUUAAAUUUUGGCUAAAUCUCCUCUUUUUUUGGGAGGGGGAGGGGAGGGGAGGGAUACAGGAUUACCCAGGUAGGACCUGAAGUCCUGAGCACAAGACUUCCUGGUUCAGCCUUGAGUAUCUAAAGACUACUGGUGGGAGACGACGAGCCCAUUUUCUCCCUUCUUUAUUUUAUUUUAUUUACUUAUUUUUUGAAACAAGGUCUAAUAUAGAACAGGCUGAUUUCCAACUUCCAAGUAGUCAAGGAUGACUUUGAACUGUUGAUCCUCCUGACUCCAUCUCCGGAGUGUUGGGAUUGUACGUGUACACCAAUAUGCCCAACUUCCACACUUUUCGUAAAUAUUUAACCAAGGGAAUUAAUGGAUAAGCCUAUUUAGAAAGGGAAAAACUAGGUUAUUCCACCUCUUCCUGUUCACUUUAGUCACCCCUCUCCUGUGUAAGAGCAGACCUGUGAAAUUCACAUGGUUUUUAAAAGGCUCUGGAAAACUUGUUGCUCUAGUUUUCUCCAUCGGAGGCCACCUCCCAGUGAGGGAGUGGCUUGAGUCCUGGGCUGACUCGCUCCUUUCAAAGCGCAGCCUAAGCUAGGCUCCCUCCCGCUUGUUUCUUCCCUUGGCCUAUUUCCAAGCCCCCCUUUUCAUUUUCUUCCUGUCUUGGCUCAUUCACUGGCAGCAGAAAAUCAGUAGAUCUCUGGCAGCUGGCGGCGAAGGAUUGUCUCCUAGUCCGUCGAAGCUCGGGACUGCAGUUAAGAAUCGGUGUGGUCUGGCUCUUUUCUCCAUAAAGCCAGAAACCUGGGUGGAAGGGUAGGUCCGAACGCUCGGCGACAGCUAAAGCGCGACACUUUCCUCUUCAAAGCUUUUCGGCAAGGUUGCUGGUGAAGCCACAGUGCCGCGCAGGCGCCGACCUCCCCUUCCGGUCGCUGAAAUUCCCAGAAGGCCCUGCAGUGUCCUAGGGCCGCGGAAGCCACGCCACAGCUUGAGGGAGUCGGAGGGCUCAGCGCUACACCGCGCCGCGCUGCAUUAUGGAACACAGAGUUUAAUAGAAAGCUCGGCAGGGAACGCAUUCCAGACCAAGAUUGCGUUUACCUUGUCUCGGGGGCGGGGCAAGGAAGAGCCGAUCAAGAUUUCGUCAUAAAACCGCGACCCGACAGGCGGCGCCAUCUUCGAACUUGGACUUCCGGAAGGACUUUGGCGCGGGUGAGUGUACCGCAACGGGGUGUGCGGGGGACCCAGAAUUACUCCUCCCAUUCUUUUGCCGUAGCGCUAAGGCAAUGGGAACAGAUUCCCGAUUCCUCUCUUACCCCCGCGCAAGGCAGCGCGCCUUCUAGCCUUUGCGCUUCUCCCCAAAACCGUCGAGCUCUCACCUCCGUCUCCACUGGGGCCACUGAGCAUCCCCCAUCUCUGCCAGCCGGUCUUACCUUCUUACCCAACUCGGCGUAUGUAGCGCGGCAAUCUGGGGCCAGGCUUCCGCGCUGCUUACGUUGAACUCGUUACGUUGAGCCUUUGGACGCGGGUGAACCUGCUGUUGUCCUCAGGCUUAGGGAAAUCAGGGCUCGUCUGCUGCUCGAAAGCUGCCCCCACGGCCAGCAUUGGGGAAUGGCAGGUGGCGGUGUCUCGACUGAUUGCAGUCAGUCCUGUUGUGCUCAUUCCCACUUAACUGUGUCCCAGCCUUUUCCUCCAAAUGGCUCUUACCCCGGGGGUUGUGCCCCGCGCGCUGCAACCCCAUUGGCGCAGCCAAGGGCCAGUUAUGUUUCCUUGUCUGGUUCUUUUAUCCCGCGGCAAGUUGGCCGUCUUUUGGAUAAGACAGAGAUGGCGACUUUACCUCCACAGGAGGUAAUUCACUUUUCUGGAGAGGUUUAGGAUAUAACCAGAUCUUUUUGUCCUUGGAGGCAUAUUGUCACAUAAAUUUAAAUUAACCUUUGCUAACGUUACGUUUUACCGUUAUCAACUGUAGUGCCAUUUUCCUAAUAAGUUCGAGUUCUACUAUUCAAAUUUACAUUCCUUAGUUUCUCGCAGUAUCAACUGAAAAUGUGAGUUGCAGGUUUUUGUGCAAAAUAACAUGUUCGUUUUUGUACCAGUAAAAUUAUCGGACAUAUCACCGUUGCAUGAUAGGAAUACUCUGGGAACCGGUUAUUAAACAGUGUAUGUGAAGUGAGCCCGUGUUUAAGAUGUAGUAUUGGGGCUGGGGAUUUAGCUCAGUGGUAGAGCGCUUACCUAGGAAGCGCAAGGCCCUGGGUUCGGUCCCCAGCUCCGAAAAAAAGAACCAAAAAAAAAAAAAAAAGAUGUAGUAUUAUCUAAUUGUUUUUCUUUUGCGAGAGUAGUCAUGUUAGCAGCCUGAUGCAGCAAGGAAAGCAGACAGUAAAAACUCCAUUUAGAAUUUACUGAACAUUUCUUCCUUUACUGUUUAAAUUUUGUAUUGUAAGAUCCUAAACAGGAAUUCUACCACGCACUGCCACUGCCUUUCACAAGAGGUGAAUCUUUAAAAGGGUUUUUUGGUAUGUUGAGUCUGAAAAAAGUUACAUGCUAAUUCGUGCAUCGAGUUCGAUGCAUGUAGUAAACCAGAUAGGCAAAUUCUUACAAACUUUCAAAGAAGAUAGGUUUUUGUCUUGGUUUUGUCUUUGCUACACUCUGAGUUUUGUUUUGCAAGACUACUUUCUUUGAGACAGCUUUAUAUUCCUGGUUGACCUGGACUCCAGAUCCUUUAGCUUCAACUCCUAAGGGCUGAGAUCAUGGCCAACUGAAGCUUUAAAAAUUUGAAGUUAGAACCUGUUUCAUAGCUACAGUUGCCAUAGUUACAUAAUUUCAAUUUAAUGUUCCACUGUUGUAAAUGAUGCUAGUGUUUGAUAUACAGUUUCUCUAUUAGAAAGUCUUCCCUCCCUCCCUCCCUCCCUUCCUUUCUGUACUGGAGAUUGAAUCUAGGAUUUUGGGAAAUGCUAAGCAAGUGCUCUACUCCUGAACUAUUUCUCUAGCUCAUAGAAAAGGAAAAAAUUAUGUGGAUCUUAAACUUGCAUAUCCAGGAUGCCAUACUGCUGCCUUUACUGAAUGAUGUAUCAGCUUAGUGAAGGAUUUCCCAAGGCUGUAAUUCUUUUCUGAUUUCAAGCAUUUGUGAGAACUUUGAAGCAGGUCUGUUGCCUUUUCCUCUGUAGGCGACUCAUCUCAAAAUCACUGAGAUGAGCAGAGAUGUUCCUUUUUGAAAUUUAGUGUUUUCACUCAGAUAGUUUGCUGUAAUAAUUGUUUAUUGAUUUUCUUUCUUUUUCUUUUGUACAAUAAGCCAUUUCUUUAUUUAAUGUUUAUGGAUGUUUACCUGCAUGAAUUGAAUGCAUGUGCACCUUUUAUGUGCCUGGUGCUCUUGGAGCUCAGAAGGCAUCAGACCCUUUGGAAUUGGAGUUGUGGUUGGUUGUGAGCCACCACGUGAGUGCUGGGGACCACCUAGGUCUUCUCGAGGCUCCUAACAGUGGAGCUACCUCUGCAGCACCCCAGUAAAUAGUCUUGAUUUAUAAAUCCAGGUCUUGCUUAUUUCAGUAUUUUGGAGGGUGAGAGUUUGAGAGGAGAUGGGUCUCACUGUGUCCCUGCUGGCCUAGAAGUCUUCAUCCCUCUGCCUGUGAUACUUUCCACUGCUGGGAUUGCAGGUGUGCUGUAAUCCCUCUCUUCUAUUAAAUUUUUUUGUUUUGUUUAAAACAGGGUGUUAGCUAUGUACCUCUGCCUUUUCCAGUACUCCUAAUGUAGACCAAGCUGGCCUUAAUCUCAAGAAAUUUAAAGCAUGUGUCAACAGCCCCAACCUCUUUUAAGUUUUUUUUUUUUCUGUUAAACACUGAGCUCUCUCUCCCCACCUUGCUCUCCCCUGCCCCCCCCAUCUCAUUUCUUUAUUUGUGAAGUGGGGGCUCUCAUGUUUUCCAGACUGUUCUUGGACUCCUGAUCUCAGCACAAUAUUUCUCAGUCAUCAUACUUGUCUUCUUUUUUAAAACACAAAUUUCUUAAAUCAGGGAUGAUGGAGCACACCUUUAAUCCCAGCGAGGCAGGGAUUAAAAUUCUUGUCUGGUCAAAGGCAGCCAGGGCAGCCUAGUUUGAACCUGCCCCACAAACAACAGCAGAGCCUCUAGAUUUACUCCUUGUUAGCUAGUGUCUUUCCUUUUCUUGUGUCAUUAAUGCCAUGUCUGUCAUGUCGUUACAGCUAACUCGUCAGUCCAGGGCUUUUCUCAGUCUCUUCAUCUCACUGUUGCAGUGUGGUUUUAACAUGUUCUUUCCCUUCCCUUGGACUUUAGUUUUUACUUGAUUUCUUUCCCUGUGGUGUCCAGUUUACUCAGGCCCCCUGCCAUUGUUUUCUUUUGUUUCCUAGAUCCUGUAGUGUUUGUGUUUGCUGAAAACUUUCUUCUGUUUUCUGGAAUAGUUCUUUUGAAAGGUACUUUUCAACUUUUUUUCUUUCUGUCCUGUCUGUGCAUAAGUCUCACGUUGGAUUUUUUUUUUUUUUUUGCAUAUUAAGGGAGACAGACAGGUCUUCUAUUUACCGAAGAACAAUGAACACCAUAUACAGUAUCGUUAGCAUAUGAGUCUGCAUUGUAUCCUCAUCAGUUGAGUUAGAAGGUUUACUGCUGUCAUUUAUUUUUUUAAAAGAUUUUAUUUAUUAUUAUGUAUAAGUACACUGUAGCUGUCUUUAGACACACCAGAGGAGGGCAUCAGAUCUUAUUACAAAUGGUUGUGAACGCCGGUCCUGGUGGCGCAGGCCGGUAGGAUGUGCUGAAGAGGCAGAGGCAGGUGGAUCUGAGUUCGAGGACAGCUUGGUCUACACAUUUAGGGCUGGAGAGAUGGCUCAGCGGUUAAGAGUACCCGACUGCUCUUCCAGAGGUCAUGAUUUCAAUUCCCAGCAACCACAUGGUGGCUCACAACCAUCUGUAAAGAGAUCUGAUGCCCUCUUCUGGUGUAUCUGAAGACAGCUACAGUGUACUUAUAUAUAAUAAAUAAAUAAAUCUUUAAAAAAAAAAAACAAACAAACAAAUGGUUGUGAACCACCACAUGGUUGCUGGGAUUUGAACUCAGGACCUCUGGAUGAGCAUUCAGUGCUCUUAACCACUAAGCCAUCUCUUCAGCCCACUGCUGUCAUUUAUAAUUAACUAUAGCUACAGGAUAGGUAGGGGCUUUAACUUACAUAUUUCUUUUAGUGUUUUUAUGAGUACACCUUACCAAUGAGACUGGUGAAUUAUUUAUCUUUUAGUUAUGUCUCAACUUAUGGAGGUGUCCCUCCUGGGACUUGAACUAUUUCUUUCCCUUUUGUCAUAGGCAAACAGGUUGUCCUGACCCAAAACUGGACCCUUACAGAGUUGUAUUUGCUCGAAUUUUUGGUUUGUGGUCAAUGUUUUGCUUCUGCCAAUCUCCUUGGCCUGUGAUUAUAUAUCUGAUAUCUUUGGAUUCAUAAAGAUAGAAGAUACUUUAGUCUGUUAUUUGGUGUGGGAAAGUUCUCUUAAUGUGAUAGGAUAAUCUUUACUUAUGUCAUAGACUAUAGGCAUCCACUAUCCCCAAUUCAAAUGUAACAUUGACGGCUAGGUUCCAGAAAACCCUUACUCUUGUUUUGUUUCUUUUUCUGUUUUUUUUUUUUUUUUUUUGGUUCUUUUUUUUUUUUCCGGAGCUGGGGACCGAACCCAGGGCCUUGCGCUUCCUAGGCAAGCGCUCUGCCACUGAGCCAAAUCCCCAACCCCUCUUUUUCUGUUUUUAAGGCAUGAUUGCAUAUAGCCAAGGCUAGCCUUGACCUUCUUCCAACUUUAAAGUGCUGAGAUUUCAAAUUGCUCUACCCCACCUAGCUCAGUACAGCUCUUAAUUCUUACGGAAAUCUGUUCCUUUAGUAAUGCUCACAGAAAUGAAUGUCACCUCUGGGUACCCUACUUUAGCUUGGUCUGUUUAUAGCAUCUGGCAGCUCUUCAUGUUUAAUAGAGUCUUGCUGUAUUAUACCCCACGCUGGCUCCAAAUUCCUGGGCUCAAAUUAUCUUUUUGCCUCAGCUUCCAUAGUUGCUGGGACUUGGCACCAUACAUUCAUAACUGCUUGGCCCAUUAUUUACUCUGUUUUUUAGGAAGUUAUGAUUCUUAUCCAGAGGUACAUACUUUUUACUCCUUUUCCAUUGUGGUGGGGGGAAUCUGAAUAUGAUUUAUUAUUUUACUUCUAUAAUACUGACUUCCAUGUCUUUACAACAUAUGAGAGGUAUAAGUAACAUUCAUAGAGCAUUUAAUAUUAUGCUUGGCAUGUAGUAAACAUUUAAGAUAGUUUGUUAUUAUCUGCUUACUUAUUGUUUAUUUGCUACAUGAGAAUGUAAAAUCUCAAGAACUUAGUAUCUUACCUGUUUUUUUCUUUUGUUUUCUGAAACAGGGGCUUGUGUGUACCCCAGGCUGGUUUCAAACUCAUAGCCUCUCCUGCCUCAGCUUCCCAGGAGCUGGGAUUACAGGUGUACACUACUAUGCCCCACUCCUUUUUUGUCUUUACUAGAUCCUAGAACAGGGCUUAACAUAAGUUUGUGUGUUGGGGGUACGUUUAUUUGUUUUUUGAGCGGGCACACAUGUAGCGGACCAUAUGGAAGUCAGAGUACAACUGUAGAAAUUGGUUUUCUCCUUACACAUGCCAUGCAGAUCAGGGGGGACUGAAUUCUAGUCAUGAGUCUUGGCAGCAAGCAUCCUAAUCUAGGAGGCCAUCUUGCUACACCAGUAGUUAUUUGAAUGAAUGAAUGAAUGAAUGAAUGAUCAGGAUGCUUGGGUUUCUGGUUAUGAGAUGAAGGGGUAAUAGAGAAAAAUCUGAGCCUCUACAAAUAGCUUCUGUGUUACACUCAUUGCUAUAUCUCUGUAUGCAGGGCAGCCAUUUUGGGGGGUGCUGAUGGAUACCUGCGGGGUCGGCUAUGUUGCCCUGGGGGAGGCCGACCCCGUGGGGAGCAUGAUUGUGGUAGACUCUCCUGGACAAGAAGAACUAAACCAGCUGGAUGUCAAGGCCUCCUCAGAAACGUCCAGUGUGGAGGCCUCCAUCGAGAUGUCACUACCUCCUCCUCUGCCUGGAUUUGAGGAUUCUUCUGACAAGAGGAGGCUUCCUCCAGAUCAGGAGAGCCUCACCAGAUUGGAACAGCAAGAUCUUUCUUCAGAGAUGGCAAAGGUCUCAAACCCUAGGGCCUCAAAGCCUUCCGGGAGGAGAGGUGGUAGGACACCAAGAGGCGCUAAAAGGCCUCAGCAACGUAAACCUCCAUCCGCCCCUCUGGUUCCUGGUCUUUUAGAUCAGUCCAACCCUCUGUCCACCCCCAUGCCUAAGAAACGAAGUCAAAAGUCCAAGGGAGACCUGCUACUAUUGAAGUUGUCCAAAGGCCUAGAUCAGCCAGAGUCUCCACAUCCAAAGAGGCCCCCCGAGGACUUUGAGACCCCUUCUGGGGAACGACCCCGCCGAAGGGCUGCCCAAGUGGUGUCGCUGCCCAACCCAGGUUGGCCUCGAACUUGCGAUCCUCCCAACUCAGCCUCCCGAGUGCUGGGAUUGCAGGCGUGCGCCACCACACCUGGCUCUCCAUCACAUUUUUCACAGACUUCCCCCAGGGCACUUCUGUAUCUUCAGGAACUAGCUGAAGAACUCUCCACGGCCCUGCCUGCACCGCUGUCUGGGCCUAAGAGUCCCAAGGUGAGCAGCCCCACGAAGCCGAAGAAGACCCGGCAAGCAGCCUCUCAGGGUGAAGAAGAUGGACGUGCUCGGGAUGAAGACUUUGUUCUCCAGGUCGAGGGUGAGGAUGAGGAAGAGAGUGAAGCCCCGAGUGAGAACUCAUCUGAUCCUGAGCCUGUCGCACCCCGAAGCACCCCACGGGGACCUGCUGCAGGGAAACAGAAACCACACUGCCGGGGCAUGGCUCCCAAUGGCUUACCCAAUUACAUCAUGGCUCCUGUUUGGAAGUGCCUCCACCUCACCAAGGACCUCCGAGAGCAGCAGCAUUCAUUCUGGGAGUUUGCUGAGUGGAUUCCAGUAGCCUGGAAGUGGCAGUUGUUAUCUGAACUUGAAGCGGCUCCCUACCUGCCCCAGGAGGAGAAGUCUCCCCUGUUUUCUGUACAGCGUGAAGGGAUUCCUGAGGACGGCACAAUCUACCGAAUAAACAGUCCUGGCAACAGGGCCCACUUUGUCUAUGGGAUUGCUUGUGACAGUGGCUGUAUCUGGGACCUCAAGUUCUGCCCCAGCGGGGCAUGGGAACAUCCAGAAACCCUUCGGAAGGCUCCUCUCCUGCCUCGCCUGGGUCUCUUGGCUCUGGCCUGCUCAGAUGGGAAGGUACUGCUGUUCAGUCUGCCGCAUCCUGAGGCCCUCCUGGCUCAGCAGCCCCCAGAUGCUAUGAAACCUGCCAUCUACAAGGUCCAGUGUUUGGCAACUCUUCAGGUGGGGUCUGUACAAGCUUCAGACCCCUCUGAGUGUGGUCAGUGCCUUAGCCUGGCUUGGAUGCCUACCAGGCCUCACCACCACCUGGCUGCUGGAUACUAUAAUGGCAUGGUAGUUUUCUGGAAUCUUCCCACUAACUCGCCCCUCCAAAGGAUACGACUCUCUGAUGGCUCCUUAAAGCUGUACCCCUUCCAGUGUUUCCUAGCCCAUGACCAGGCUGUUCGUACAAUUCAGUGGUGCAAAGCUAACAGUCAUUUCCUGGUGUCUGCAGGGAGUGACCGGAAAAUCAAGUUCUGGGAUCUUCGACGACCUUAUGAACCAAUAAAUUGUAUCAAGCGCUUCUUGAGUACAGAGCUUUCCUGGCUGCUCCCCUACAAUGGUGUCACAGUGGCUCAAGACAACUGUUAUGCCUCUUACGGGCUCUGUGGAAUUCAUUACAUUGAUGCGGGUUACCUUGGUUUUAAGGCCUACUUUACUGCUCCACGGAAAGGCACUGUCUGGAGUCUUUCAGGUUCAGACUGGCUUGGGACAGUAGCUGCAGGAGAUAUAUCCGGGGAGCUCAUUGCAGCUAUUUUACCUGACAUGGCGUCAAACCCAAUCAAUGUCAAGAAACCUGCAGAAAGAAGAUUUCCUAUAUAUAAAGCAGAUCUGAUACCAUACCAGGACAGCCCUGAAGACCAAGACUACUCCUCGACCUCCUCUGAGACCCCCAACCCUCCCAAGGCGAGGACCUACACUGAGACCAUCAACCACCACUACCUGCUCUUUCAAGACACAGAUCUGAGCUCCUUCCACAAUCUGCUUCGUAGAGAACCGAUGCUUCGCAUGCAGGAAGGAGAAGGGCAUUCUCAGCUUUGCCUGGACAGGCUGCAACUUGAAGCUAUUCACAAGGUACGUUUCAGCCCAAACCUGGACUCCUAUGGAUGGCUGGUAUCUGGGGGGCAGUCAGGGCUGGUUCGGAUCCAUUUUGUCCGUGGACUCACCUCCCCGCUGGCCCACCGUGUACAGCUUGAAAGCCGAGCCAACUUCAAUGCUAUGUUCCAACCAUCCUUUCCAACUGAAGGGCCUGGUUUCUCUCCAAGCAGCCAUUGCCUUCUCCCUAAUCCCUAGUCUGGUCCACACAAACUCUUGGAUUGAAGUCUGCCAAGAACAAAUGGCCCCUAUGCACAGAGCAUAGGACCUGGGCCCUUCCUGGACAGUGAUGGUGCCAGGCCUACAUCUUGAGGCCUACAUGCCCCAAACUCCUUAAAUCCCUCUCCUUCUACAGACUUCUAUGGUUAUAGCUCCCUGCAGGUAGGGGGGCUCCCCCUCCACAACAAUUCCUAUGCCUAAAACCGUGGCUCACAAGAAACACUCAGGCCAAACCUAGGCUUGGGAGUCAAAUUGCUCAUAUUGAGCAUAUGUGAAGGAGGUAAAGCUAAGUAAAGGCACUGGGUGUUUUUGAGAGCACUUGUGAGUGGGUAUUUGGAGAGUCGGAAAGGACAUCUUCAUGAAGGCUCCUGUCUAUUUCCAGGAUUUGAUGUUAUUGCCUUCCAAUCUUCCUCUUUAGAAUAACCAACACACAGGCCCAGUGGUGGGGACAGUAAUUUAUUGGACUGAAGCUGCUCGUAACUUAACUGUAACCGAGGAGACCAUAAGCACCUGCCAGUAGGACAGCAGCUAGCUCUUAACUUGUUCCCAAUCACUGACAUGGGACACUACUUGAACACUCCUAGAUAGUGUUUUUAAAAUUCUUGAAGCUGGGUAUAGUGGUGCAUACCUGUAAUCCCGGCUCGUGGGAGGCCAAGACAGGAGGAUCACAAGUUUGCGUUCAGUCUGGGCUAUCUCAUAAAACCAAAAAGUUAAAAAAAAAGAAAAGAAAAGAAAAAAGAAAAAAAAAGAUCUUCCUUUAUAUCAAGUCAGAGUAUACCUCUAUUAAUUUUAACUGAUGGGUGUUAGGAAAUAGUCGUUCUUCCCUGCGGCUGCCCUUUUUAGUACUUCACAGUAGCUAUCAUGUGUUUCCCAAGUCAUUUUUUUCUCUAGAUUAAAUAUCUUUAGUUAUUUCAAUCAUUCUUUUACAAGUCAUGAUUUUUGAUCUUUAUGAUAUGGUCACAUUGCUGACGUAUUAAACAUGUUUAAACUCUGUAUAGAAAGUAUUUAGAACCCAAUAAUGUAUUGUUCUCUCAAUUGAGUCCUCUAUGGAUAGCUGCACCUCACAUGACUGAUUACUGCCUUGAAAACACAGGCAGCCCUGUGAUGUGAGAUUGCCAGAUCACAGCCAGGGGACACAUUGACGUAUACAGGCUGAGGUUUGGAAGGAAGUAGUUAGGCCAUCUUAGGAAAUAGGAAACAAGUAGCCUGUCUCCUCUUAGAUGGGAUGCAGUUGACAUUAGUAUUGCCCUAAACGAAAUCUAGACUUUAGAGCACUCAAAAUGGGUCUGUUAUAUCUGGGGACAGCUUUCUGCCUGAAUAGUGUAGAAGAUUUGUCAAAUGCCAGAAGAUUUUAAGAAGAGAUUUAAGUAGUUGUGUCCCCUUCCUAUACAGAAGAGGAAACAGACCUGUAGGACACAAAGAUCCUUACACAGCAGAAGGACCCACAACUGCAUUAGUGUUAGGAGCCAAGUGUUGUACCACUCUGUUGCGAUCCAGCUCAGGCUGCGUCGGGCUUGCUUUUUGAACUAAUAAAGAAGUGCCUUCCAUUGCA